AUGUUUUUCAUGAACAACCUGACACACACCUUAACCCUCCCUCCUUCCUCCUUCGGCCCUCACAUCCGCCGCGACCUAACCCAAAUCCUAACCUCCACCCUCGAAGGCACCUGCUCCGGCCCGAACGGGUACAUCAUCGCAAUCCUAAACCCCACCCGAAUCGACAUCUCAAAAGGCUUGAUCCAACCCGGUACCGGGCUCGCUGUAUUUGAAUGCAAGUAUCAGGCACUUGUGUUCAAGCCUUUUAAGGGUGAGGUUGUGGAUGGGGUUGUCAGCACUGUGAGCAUGAUGGGAUUCUUCGCGGAUGUGGGUCCGUUGUCGGUGUUUGUCAGUAAACACUUGAUCCCCAGCGAAAUGCACUUUGAGGCAGCGGGUGUCGGAGGUGGUGGAGGACGGUAUGAGAGUGGGGAUUUGGGCGUUAUCGAGAAGGGUGCGAAGGUCCGGAUGAAGAUUGUUGGGUUGAGGGUUGAGAAUACGCAGAUUUUCGCGAUUGGGACCAUCAAGGAGGAUUAUCUGGGGGCGUUGUGA